GGUGCGCGCCCGCUGCCGGACUUCUGAAUUGUGCUCUGUGCUGGACGAAUAGCUCACCGAACAGCUCACCGAUCCUAUGCUUGCUGUACAUAGCCCGCCCAUCUAAUGUUGUUCGUAGCCGCCAAGGUGGAGUCCAUUGCCAUUCUGCUGUGCCUCGGGGCAGCCCGGGCCGCCUGCGACCCUUCCUCAUGGCCCGACUUAGACACACACGUUUGCGGUGGGUGCAAGGCGCUCGUGAACUGGAAGCCGUAUGGUUCCACGUGCGGUGGCUACUGUUCCGGCAUUGGCCUCACUUGCGUCGACGGUUGGGAGGAGGUUGGGGAUGACGGAUGUACCGAAGGAGAGAACCUCGGAUGCGACAGAUCGUAUUUUGGGACGGGCGACGCGAUCUGUGAGUGCGCGGGCGACUACGACGAGGCGAACUACGGGGCCUGUAGACAAUCCAACUGCCCGUGCCAGAGAGGGUUCAGGUUACCCGGGGACUGGGGCUGGGAUGCCACGGCGGAUAUCAAUUACGUCCGCACCAACGCGUUCAUUGCUGCGGCGGUCAACUGCGCCUGCACCAGGUGCGGGCACUACGACUUCAUCAAGGCUUGGCCUGCGUACGACGGGGGUUGUGGCAUCGCCCAGACCGUCGUCGCAGACGGGUCUGCGGCGAGCCAAGUCGUGCUGAAUUACUACCCGCUCGAUGAUUCGACCUGCGCGGCGACCCAGACGAAGGUACAAGCGUUUCCCGACGGCGUCUGCUUAGACCCGCAGACAACGGCACUCCCCUUCGUGAAGUUUACGUGCUCGGCCGACGGCGCAACUUACGACUACGAAGCAUACGGAGCCGACCCGAAUUGCCAGGGCGCUGCCGACGCUGGGAGUGCCUUCGCGAUCCCCACGCCCGGAUGCGGCCUCAGCGCGGACCCUUCCGCCCCAGGAGAAUCGUACAUCUCGGCUGAAUGUUUCGGGCCGGACUACAAUUCGGACAUGAGCUGCGGCGCCCCAGCCAACACCGUCGACGCGGGCAAAAAGCAGUCGUCGGGCCAGACAACCAGCAGCCGCCGCUCCAGAGCACUUGUCGCGGUCGUGGUCGCGGUCGCGGCGUUUGCCGGCGCUUGCUGCGCCGCGGCCGUCACUGUUCUACGCCUCCGCAAGUCGUCGGAGGCUACCGUCACGCCGGCGCGGCCCUGAUAUUUCGAUGUCCUUCCUUCUUUCACCUCGCCGUCAUCGCCCGCCGCC